GGUGGGGUACGUGACGUCACUGCUAGACAGCGUAGAAAUCGUACUAUUGUGACUCUGUUGCUAUCAUAGCAUGAAUACCUAAGUAAGCAAGUAAGUAAACAAGUAAGUAACAAGCAGAUGCCACAGAAUUUCCUGUUAAUUAACUCUCCCAUCGUCCACAUCAACAAACACAAAUCAUUAAACCCGCAGAUUCUACAACAUUUCGCAUGCAUUGCCUGUGCAGAAAGAGACAAUGUUUCAGAUAGCUUUGCCCGGCGACCGUCGUGCGGGCCACGGUAUUGACGAAGUACUGCAAGUCAUCGAAACACUCAAGGAGGCUGGUAUCAGAUGCUGCUGUAUCGUGGGUGGAAGGGCCCUACGGUAUUACGGGGUGCCGCGUGUCCCGACAGACUGGCAUAUCUGUGUACCAAAUGACCAGUUUGCUGCAGCUACUGCUGCCAUCACGGAAUUGGACGACAAGUACAUGCAAUGGCGUGAGAUACUCCCACAGCUCCGGUCGCUGCUACACACAUACCCGCACUUCAAACUGCAGGGUGUCGGAUUCUGUUUCUACAUCAUGCCGGCGUCCGAGUACUUUGUCAAUGACCUCGACGAGUCUAUGAUUGAGCGAAGCUUGAAUAAUGUACCCUACCCACAACUGGAGGUCUUCGCACAAAGUCUGAUUACCACCCAACGCUGGCCUGAAUUAAUUCAAGUAGUAGACGGCAUGGAUUUGACGGAAGAAUGGGGGAUCGAGAACCUAAAUUUGGGCGAACCUAGCCCUGCCGAGGCGGAGUAUGUCGUGGAGAAGAAUAAAAAGCUGACCGGGCUGGCCAGACUUCGCACUAAGCCGAUAGAUCGCUUGGAGAAAUGGAAGACAAUAGUGGCGACCAAGAAGGAUCGCAUCAAGUUUCAUUUACCUAAAGAGAGGUACGACACACAAUUCCGGAGGAAGGGAACAACACAGGAUCCGCGAUUUAAAGAAGGCAGAGGUGUUUAAUAGCGAGCGCACUGGUGUAUAACCAAACGAACGUAGAAGUUUUCAUAGCUAUUUAUUACGUAGAACCAAAGUUGAGAUUCUAGUUGAUGUGGGGAAAUGCGAUAUAAACACCCUUCAGGUGUUGGGGUCAGCUCAGAGAAGCUGACUCUUGGUUGUGUCCAUCUACUCUACUAAUACGCGACCUGAGGAAAGAAGAAGAAAGACCGAAGUAAUGCGACAGCACCAUCUCUCAAAAUCCAUGAGCAAUCCUUGCGCCUGGUACUGGAUGUAUUCACAGUAUUAAACGAAGGAUAACUAUGUCCGUUGGGAAGUCUAAGGUAUAGAGA